AUGGCAGCUGCUGCAAAGAAGAAGGCAGCAACCAAAGGGAAAGCCAAGAGCCGUGCAAAAGGAAAGGCCACGGGCAGGAAGUCGCUGACGUCCUUCAGUGCCCUGAAAGUCACAGUUUUCCUCAGAGGCGAAGGUCAAGGACAAGCGCUGACAGGUGUGGGAAUUGCUGCCGAUCCCGCGGAGACAGUCAGUAUGAGGGAGAAAGAGAAGGGCAGAUGUAGAUAUAGAGUCUGCAGUCUAGAGGGAGAGAGAGAGAGGGGCAGGGCCAGCAGAAUACCACAGCCAGAGCUGUUCUGCAAGCAGCAACAGAAACAGCAACAGCAACAGCAACAGUGGCAGUAA